AUGAACUCGAUUGACGAGACACCUACCAAAGCUGCUUGGGUUUAUAGCAGCACUGGACAACCACGGGAUGUUCUUAAACUUGAUAAGGAGUUUCCCAGUGAAAGAAACAAGCAUUUUAAGCCUGAUGAUGUCCUGGUCGAUGUUGUAGCUAUGAGCAUUAAUCCCGUUGAUUACAAGCUUAUGCAGACUUACCAAAUACUGCACAAGUUCAUGCACAAAUCUCCUGCCAUUCCUGGUUUUGAUUUUGCUGGAAAGGUUGCUGCCACGGGCCCUGAUGUUAGGGGUUUGAAGGUAGGCGACCGUGUUUGGGGAAGACAAUCCAUGGGCCGCUACAAGGAUCAGGGAGGAACUCUCACAACCCAGAUUCUUACUGAUACCAAAUGUUUAUACACUCUUCCCGAGUCGAUUAGCUUCAAUGAUGCUGCCGGUUAUGGUAUAGCCGGUCUCACUGCUUGGGAGGGUUUGGUCGACCACAUGAAGAUUGAGCCUGGUCAAAAGGUAGUCAUUGUCGGCGCUAGUGGUGGUGUAGGUACUUAUGCUAUCCAACUGGCAAAGGCUCUUGGUGCGGAAGUGACCAGCAUCAGCUCAACCACUAAUUUGCAAUUGUGCAAGUCUUUAGGUGCUACACAUGCAGUUGAUUACAAGUCAGAAGAUGUUGUCGCCAGGUUGGCCGAAUUGGGUCCCUAUGACCAUGUUUUCGAUUUAAUCAAUGACAAUGGUCUUUACCGCGCUUCUUCCAAAUUUAUGAAACAGGGAGGUGCUUUCUAUGGUAUCGCUGGCGAUAUUACCAUGGGAUAUCUGGCUAGUGCUUUAUCUCGCAAAUUUAGACCCAGAAUCUUGGGUGGUAGCUCUCAUCCUUAUCAUGAUUACCUUUUGCAGGCGGCACCAAAAACUAUUAAAGAGUUCUCUGAGUUUGUAUUUCAAAAUGGAAUCAAAACCGUUGUUGACAGCGUUUACAACUUUGAUCACGCUGUUGCUGCCUUCGAACGAGUGGCUUCUCACCGAGCUAAGGGAAAGCAUGGAUUGCAAAAUGAGAGGAUAGUACCCAAUGGAUGA